CUCCCGGCAGUCUGGGUUACAUUCCUCCGGAGCGCCCGCUCAGGCCGGUUCUGACAUAACCCUCAAACUUUAAGAGGAAUUUCUGCCGCCGGCAGGGAGGAAAGCAGCAGCUUCAGCACCGACAGCAGCAUCCCCACCCUCACCAGUAUCCCACUCCCCCCAAUUUCCCUCCUCUUCUCGGCUCUUUUGGGGGCCCAGGGGUGCCCCCCCCCGGUUUGGACCGGACCCGUUCCCCCCUCCCCUUCCCCUUCCCUUUUCCCUUUCCCCAUCCCCUUUACCAUGGCAGCUCUGCCCGGGACGGUGCCUCGGAUGAUGCGUCCGGCUCCGGGGCAAAACUACCCCCGCACCGGCUUCCCCUUGGAAGUUUCCACCCCGCUGGGUCAGGGCAGGGUGAACCAACUCGGAGGGGUCUUUAUCAACGGUAGACCCCUACCUAACCAUAUCCGACAUAAAAUCGUGGAGAUGGCUCACCACGGCAUCCGACCCUGCGUGAUUUCCCGACAGUUGCGGGUUUCCCACGGCUGCGUCUCCAAAAUUCUCUGUAGGUACCAAGAAACUGGCUCCAUCCGACCCGGAGCCAUCGGAGGCAGCAAGCCCAGGCAGGUUGCGACUCCCGACGUGGAGAAGAAAAUCGAGGAAUACAAACGGGAAAACCCCGGGAUGUUUAGUUGGGAGAUCCGAGACAGGCUGCUGAAGGAUGGGCACUGCGACCGGAGCACUGUGCCCUCAGUGAGUUCGAUUAGCCGUGUGCUACGCAUCAAAUUCGGGAAGAAAGAGGAAGAGGAGGACUGUGACAAGAAGGAGGAGGACGGGGAGAAGAAGGCCAAGCACAGCAUAGACGGCAUCCUGGGCGACAAAGGUAACAGGCUGGAUGAAGGCUCUGAUGUUGAAUCCGAACCAGACCUGCCCUUGAAGCGCAAGCAACGUCGCAGCAGAACCACUUUCACUGCUGAGCAGCUGGAGGAGCUGGAGAAGGCCUUUGAGAGAACUCACUACCCUGACAUCUACACACGAGAGGAGCUAGCUCAGAGAACCAAGCUUACCGAGGCUCGAGUUCAGGUGUGGUUCAGCAACCGCAGAGCGAGGUGGCGCAAACAGGCCGGAGCCAACCAGCUGGCAGCUUUCAACCACCUGCUGCCAGGGGGCUUCCCACCAACAGGAAUGCCAACGCUCCCACCAUACCAGCUGCCAGAUUCCACCUACCCAACCACCACCAUUUCCCAAGACGGGGGAAGCACUGUCCACAGGCCCCAGCCCCUGCCACCAUCCACCAUGCACCAGGGAGGACUCGCCGCAGCCGCCGCUGCUGACACCAGCUCUGCCUACGGGGCCCGACACAGCUUCUCCAGCUACUCAGACAGCUUCAUGAACGCUGCAGCUCCUGCCAACCACAUGAAUCCUGUCAGCAAUGGCCUCUCUCCACAGAAGCAGGGUGCCCAAAACAAGAUGCAGUGCUCCAGGUGGAACCUCACCAUAGCCUUGAACAAUCAGGUGAUGAGCAUCCUGAGCAACCCCAGCGGGGUUCCUCCACAACCCCAGGCUGACUUCUCCAUCUCCCCCCUUCAUGGUGGCUUGGACACCACCAACUCCAUCUCUGCCAGCUGCAGCCAGCGGAGCGACUCCAUCAAGUCUGUGGACAGCCUCCCGACUUCCCAGUCCUACUGUCCUCCCACCUACAGCACCACCAGUUACAGUGUGGACCCAGUGGCUGGCUACCAGUAUGGGCAGUAUGGACAAACCGCUGUUGAUUAUCUGGCCAAGAACGUGAGUCUGUCCACACAGCGCAGGAUGAAGCUGGGAGAACAUUCAGCUGUCCUGGGCCUCCUACCAGUAGAGACAGGCCAAGCUUACUGAAGAGUCUCAACUGUGCCAACAACCUGCUCCAGCAACUCAGCAUCACUGGAGAAAGCACCACCAGCCUUCCAGGGAUCUACCUGCACCCACACCCUACUCCUUCCCAAUUCCCUUCCGCCUCGCACCGACUCGAGCUGCGAAGGAGAGGGGAAAGAGCAGGGGGGCUCUGUCCAGCUCUUUCCAGAGGCAAAGCUGCCCUCUGUGACCUGCCUCCUCCUGUGGCCAGAGAUGAUGGCUUGGGUGCAUUUAUUAAUGCCCCACCCCCGAGUUCAUGCCCUCCCUCUGACCUUCCUGGCCAUGGCAUUUUGCCCACUCUUAAGGACUUUCCAUCGAUGUAGGUAGUUGGCAUAGUCAAAGCCAAAUUGAUUUUGCUUUUCCUUUCCCUUGAAAACAAAAAAAGAAGAAGAAGGAAAAAAAAAAAGAGAAAUGCUUC